UCACCUUCAUCUUAACCAUGUAGGGCACGCCAUUCUGAAAAGGUGGUAGAAUACACCUUUAAGAGCACAUACUGGAGUUCUAUUUGAAGACCGACCAUCUAAUUUUACCCGGCAGCCCCCUCUCCUCUCCUUCAAACUGUGCAGGACUUCAUGGAGAACUGCUUAUGUUCGGGAUCUACUUUUGUAGUUCUGAAGAGUCUAAAAUCUUCUUUCGUCACUUGCUCCCUCAAAUGGCACUUGCCAGCUUCCAGCUCCAGAGGGCUGCGUGCCAUGCCAGAGGAAUCCCGCUCUGCUCUCCACCAGGGCCCGAUGGGGGAAGAAUCUCCUCAGUUAUCUUCAUCCCUCUCUAACCCAGACCAUCCCCAAGGUGACAUUGAUUUGGCCCCAGAUUGUUACAGCCAAGUAUGUUUGAAGCCACUGGAUGGAGAGGGUGAGCGUCCCGUAAGCCUGGUGUCCACCCUCUCCUCUGGUUCAUCCCAUGACAGCCGCACUCUAUUUGGAAGCUCUGUGGCCCUCCCUUCCUCCAUCCCGAGCGAGGAGGACAUUGACCUGGAUCUUAGCCCCGCAGACGUCACUGUAGAGCAAGCUGGAACCCACAGUCCCGUCCUGACAGCUUCCAGGAAACGCUGGUGGCAACAGCUGGAUCCGAUGGUGAACACCAAGCAGUGGAACAACAACAAUGCUACUGCUGGCUAUAGGGCAGCAGGCGAAAUAGUUCACAUCCCCACCUCGCCUGUCAUCACUGAUACCAUGGCGCCGAACCCCAAACUCACUUACGUGGACCGUGUCGUCAUGGAGAUCAUUGAGACGGAGCGCAUGUAUGUGAAAGAUCUGCGCAGCAUUGUGGAGGAUUAUUUGGCACACAUUAUUGACCUGGGCUCCCUCCCCAUCAGGCCCGAGCAAGUAUGUGCUCUGUUUGGAAACAUAGAAGACAUCUAUGAGUUUAACAGUGAACUGCUGCAGUCUUUGGACAUGUGUGAGAGCGACCCUGUUGCUGUCGCUCAAUGCUUUGUAAACAAGAGUGAAUACUUUGAAAUCUACACCCAGUACUGCAACAACUACCCCAACUCAGUCGCAGCACUGACCGACUGCAUGAGGUGUAAAAUUUUAGCCAAGUUCUUCAGGGAUCGACAGGCGGUUCUGAAGCGUUCUCUUCCCCUGGGCUCCUACCUCCUAAAGCCAGUUCAGAGGAUCCUGAAGUAUCAUCUACUCCUUCAGGAAAUUGCAAAGCACUUUGACCCAGAUGAGGAAGGCUACGAGGUCGUCCAGGAGGCUAUAAGCACCAUGACAGGGGUGGCGUGGUACAUUAAUGAUAUGAAGAGGAAACAUGAGCAUGCUGUCAGAGUGCAGGAGAUUCAGUCCCUUUUGAUCAACUGGAAGGGUCCUGACCUGACCACCUACGGUGAGCUGGUACUGGAGGGUACCUUUCAUGUGCUUAGAGCAAAGAACACCCGUACACUCUUCCUCUUUGAGAAAAUGCUCCUCAUCACCAAAAAAAGGGGAGAACACUACGUUUACAAGACCCAUAUUCUGUGCUCCACUCUAAUGUUACUUGACAACGCCAAGGAUCCCCUGCUUUUCAGUGUAAUCCACUUCAAACGUCCCAAGCAACCACACACAGUGCAGGCGAAAACUGUUGAAGAGAAGCGCCUUUGGAGCCAUCAUAUCAAGCGGCUCAUCCUUGAGAAUCACAACGCCAUCGUGCCACCAAAGGUUAAAGAUGUAACGGUGGACAAUUGGAUCUAUCCGGCGAAGCACCAGAGCGGUCCUGAGAGGCUGAUGAAAGCUGAGAGCUGCCAGGCUGCAGACUUCCAUCUAGCAGGACGAAAUGAGAGGAGGAGAUCCGAGCCUGCAAAGCGGACCAACAGGAACUCAAAAGAUGCAUCUGUUAUGAAGCAUGCAGAAAGUGAAGGUGCACUGGUGAGAGACAGGUCCACCAUCAUGUCAGCCACUAGUGACAGUACGCUGACCUCCAGUCUUGGCAAGUCCCAGGAUGUGAAGGCUUGUACGGAGCGUCUGACCACCAGCAUCGACCCUGUGGAGCAGCCAAGUUCUCCGGACGUUGAGCCCAAACUUUGCCCUUUACCCUGUGAGGGGAGUCUGGAGCAGGACUGUUACAAAGAGGAUGUGCUAAUGGGAGACGACCAGGUAGCCGACUUUGCCAGCUCAGUGCUAGCAGCCAUCUCCUGCUGGCAAUAUAAAGCCAGGGCUUUGCUUUCCACUCACUUCACAACGGAUGAGCAGACUGGAGACGCUGCUGAGCUGAAACCCACAGCUGUGCAGGCGGAAAGCUCCCCACAAGAGGAGAACAAUCAGCACGAGCCUGUGAAAGACGCUCUCGGCGCACAGGUCAAUUCGCAGGAGCGUCACUUCCUAAACAGUGUGGAGAAAAGCAACCAGGUGGAGGUGGAUUGCUCUCAGUUCGCUGAGAGUCCAGAACGUGAGGCUGACAUCCCAGAACAUUUUAAUUCCUCGAUGGAAACUGGAGAGGAGGAUGAAAGAAGCUGUUCCUCUGGGCUACAUGUUGAAGAGAUCAGUGCACGAACAAAUGGGGAGCCCUCAGAGGAGGAAGAGGAGUUGCUCACCUGUUCUUCAACAUCGGUAAAAAAUAAAACAUUUCAAAGCCCAAACAGGUGUGAGGACUUGGACAAACAAAUCCAAAAAAUAGCCGACACCUCACUGAAGCCCGCCUCAGAAGCUAACCAACUACUCCCUGGGCUCGUUUCUGAGCCAAGCCAAGGAGAACACAGAUCCACUCUCUCCAAACAAGACCGCCUCCUCAUCCACAAGAUCAGGAACUACUACGAGCAGGCCGAACACCAAGACGCCAAUUUCAGCCUCAAGCGAAGGGAAAGUCUGUCAUAUAUCCCAGUUGGUCUGGUCAGCAAGAUGAGUCGACAGCUCAACGACGUUCCUCAGGAGAUGGCCGUCUCUGCCCAAAAAAAAAGCCCUUCUAGGAACAGACCCACUUCUUGGUCUGUGUUCAACCUUCCUGCUUUAGAAAAGAGUCAAAACACUGAAACUUGUCAGAAAACUGAACGUUUGAGUCUAGCUGAAGCCACAGUCAGACCUCACGCAGAGGAAGACUUCAGACCUUCAUCUGAGAUGCUUAAAAUUUGGGAAGCGAUGGAAGCUAAAGAGGAGAACCAGGAAGUCCAGCAGGAUGCAGCUGAAAAGGUCAAUUAUGGUAGAGUAACUCUUAUGCAAGAAAACACUACAGAACCACCAAAUGCCAAAAACAGCAAGCAGCCAUCUCUUAAUUUGAAAGAGUCUGAAAUGAGCGCUGCAUCAAGUCUGUCCUCCAUGUCUUCAUCUACCAGCAGUUCCACCGCGGCAGAGAGGCGUCAUGAUCUGAGCCGGUCCAGGACCUUUGCACUUCAGACGAAUAACAAUUUCCACCCCAGCCAUCUUCCUAAGUAUGUUGGCUUCCAGGCCAGUGUGGACGACGACCAAAUCCUGCAAGACACGGUAAAGAUGAAGAAUAAGGUGUUUCGGCUGGCUCGUCAGUACAGCCAGCGCAUUAAGAACAACACACCUGUGGUCUGUCAGAAAAACCUUCAACCGUCAAGCCAAGAAGGUCUCAGGAAUAUGCAGACUGUCAAUGAGGAGAAAGUAAAGGAAAGGGGUAAAUUGGGUUUUAGAUUGCAGUUGAAUACUUCCAGUCAAGCAGUCAUCCAUGAAGUCUCAUCUUCAUCUCCAGUCCAGACACCCACAGCCACCUCACAGGAUACAACUUGUUCCCAAAGUCCACAGCUGGAGAUGUUUCUGUGGCCACAUGUGCAGGAGCUGCGCUCAAAGUACUUUGAACCGUCUCAGUUCUCCAGAGUAACUUGUACCUGCAGAAAUGGGAAGCAGGUGGGUUGUGGGACGGAGGGGUGCAACGGUUCGUCUCAGAAGUACAACAGCCUUUCAGAUCUUCACAAACCUCUGUCAGACUGCAACCAUAGUAAAACCAUUCACAGCGACGAGUGCCCCGUGUUAGAGGGCUCACCUCAGCACCAGACAGACCACCCGCUGUGCAGGUGGAGCUCCGUGGACCAUGUGAUUGGUUCCCUACCUUUAAAUGAAGUACAGAACUUUCAGAAACUCCACGAUGAGGACGGCCAUCUUCAGGAAGGCCUUAACGGUGACAUGGUCACGAGUUCAGGGAAGGCCUCAGAGAGUACCUUUGUUAAAGCUUUACUGGAGAAGUUCCAGAGUCUGAGCACCGGCUGAUGAUCAUGUUUAGUUUUUAGCAUCAUAAACUCCAAUAUGAAACCUUCCUGCAUUGGUCUGAUAUUAUUUUAUUUAACAGAUAAUUUUCUCCCCUUUAAUAAAUUCAAAUUGAUCUCGAUGCACAUUUUGGUAUAGGGGACGAUGUUGAGUAAAGAAAGGUUAUCAUUUUGGUUAUAAUGAGAAAAUAUUGUUUCCUUUAAAAAGGUGAAUUGUUUUUUACACUGGGGGGUUGUCAGCACGAUAAAACUUUGAUGUAAAAACAUGCACAAAGUCCUCUUAUCAAAUGAAGAUAUUCCAUUAAUGCAGCAUAACAUCCUUCAUUUUUAGAUCUCUUCAGUUCUCACCAAUAUAGUGUAAUGAGCUCUGUUAGUUUGUAGAUUUGUUUUUGUUCAUAAACCAAAGACGCAUGUCUUCAUGACAGCAAUAAACUGCAUUGUAAAACUGUAUACAUCACUUUAAGUUUAUUUUUUUCAAAGUUGUAUAUUUUGGCACUAUUUAUGAAAUUGUUUGGUGUUUUGAGAAAGGUCAAAGUCCUGAUAUUGGGUUGAGAAGGAUCAUUUUUACAAAUCUUUUGUUUUUGUUUCAGAAUAUCGAUUCAUACUGUAUAUGCAGUUUCUCAUAUUUUCAAUAAAAUGGAAAUGGUUAGAUUUUAUUUUAAACCAUAAAAGAUUUUUGUGAAUAGCGUUGAGAACCAGGUAUGUGUUCCAAUCUUUCAGGAUGAUGUCUUUUAUUGAGAAAAUUACGAUUUAUUUAAAAAUAUCUUCAAAGUACAUGAAGGCAGCUGAGAUUCUGUUUGAGAGAUUUUCGUCUAUUUCUUGGAAAAGGUUUAAUGGUAAAUGAAAUAUGUUUUAAUUUUAAUGAUGCACAACAAGGAGCAAAAGCAGUCCUGUUUUUGGGUCCUGAGGUCAUUUUUGCUGAAAAGGUUAUCAGGAUUCCAGACUUUAUUCAGCUUUUCUUUUUAGUGUGUAUAAAAGAUGCAUAAAAAUAAUCAUUCUGUAAUAUUCUGUUGAAGGUCUGCGACCUUAGUUCAUUGCCAAUAAAGUUUCGUUGUGG